AUGAAAGCCUUUGUUACUGUCGGUUCUACCAGAUUUGAUGAACUUGUUUCUGGUGUUUUACACGUCAAUGUACAAUACCAGCUGUUACAACAUGGAAUCACUCAACUGAUUGUUCAGUUUGGAAAUGGAAGAGAGGCUUUUGGGACUCCAAGCCCUAUCGAAGGAAUCUCUAUAUCUGGAUUUGACUAUGCACCUGAAAUUGGAACAUAUAUUGAGUCGUCUUCUAUUGUUAUUUCGCAUGCCGGCGCAGGUAGUAUCCUGCAAUCCUUGCGUGCCCAGAAACCUCUCAUUGUCGUCCCAAAUGAAUCUCUAAUGGACAACCAUCAGCUUGAGCUUUCAAACAAGCUGGCGUCGUUACAAUAUCUGAUAACUUGUUCUUACAAAGACCUUGCUCAAGGUGUUGAGGCUCUAUUCAAUACAAAGUUAAAGCCAUUUCCUAAUCCUGAAUAUUCUGCUUUUCAGAAGGUUUUAAGCGAUGUACUGACUAAAUAA